GCACAGCACAUGGAGCAGAAAAGCAAAAGAGUCGAGACGGGUCAAGUCUGUCCGAGCUUCCCAGACGACACAUGACACAUGCAGUCUCUGACGCGCUCGCCUCACCACUUGACUCUCUGCGACAGUGUGUGUGCGCAUUACGCAUUCCACGCCCACCGCCUCUCGCACCCGACACCUGCUUUACUUCCCAGUAAAACCACACACCCGGCCAUCGUCUCUGCAAAUCUCUCUUCAUUUUAGUUUCUCGUGGUUAAUCUCGUGCUCGAGCUGUUUUUGGAAUUGUUUUACCGGUGAUUUUUUUUAAGAAUUGGGGUUGCUAUUGUUGAAGCAGAGAGACCAGUGACUCCGAACCUGAUGAAUCUUCUGUCGAUUCUGGCAUCUGGGUCGGGCUCAAUUCUUCGUUCUCAGUAAUGGGUUGCGUUUAUUCGAGGGUUUGUAUUGGCGACGUUACGACUCCGAGAAUCAAAGGGACACAAAAUGCGAGCACGGACGAGAUCGCCGUGUUCUCUCCGGCCUCUUCUGACGGUCAAGAAGGCGAAAUCAGAGACCACUUCAACCAAUCGAGCCUCACCAGGGACCCAGAGGUCGGCAUCACUCGGCUCUCCAGGGUUUCGUCUCAGUUUCUACCUCCUGACGGGUCGAGAACCGUGAAGGUUCCCUCAGGAAACUACGAAUUGCGGUAUUCAUUUCUGUCUCAAAGAGGGUAUUACCCUGAUGCUCUGGAUAAGGCUAACCAGGACAGCUUUUGCAUUCACACCCCAUUUGGCACAGAGCCAAAUGAGCAUUUCUUCGGGGUCUUCGAUGGUCAUGGCGAAUUCGGAGCUCAGUGUUCGCAGUUCGUAAAGCGAAAGUUGUGUGAAAACCUGCUUAGGCAUAGUAAAUUUCAUGUUGAUGCUGUUGAGGCGUGCCACGGUGCGUUUUUAACGACGAAUUCGCAGUUACACUCUGAUAUUUUGGAUGAUAGUAUGAGUGGAACUACUGCAAUCACUGUGUUGGUUCGCGGCAGGACUAUAUACGUAGCGAAUUCCGGUGAUUCGAGGGCGGUUAUAGCGGAGCGGAGAGGGAAGGACAUUGUAGCAGUGGACCUUUCAAUUGAUCAGACGCCGUUUCGGGUGGAUGAGCUCGAAAGGGUUAAGCUUUGUGGCGCCAGGGUACUUACGUUGGAUCAGAUUGAGGGGUUGAAGAACCCGGAUGUGCAGUGUUGGGGCACUGAAGAAAGCGAUGAUGGCGAUCCGCCGAGGUUGUGGGUGCCCAAUGGGAUGUAUCCCGGCACGGCUUUUACGCGGAGUAUUGGUGAUUCGAUUGCUGAGUCCGUUGGGGUGGUUGCUAACCCUGAACUUGUUGUUUUGGAGCUCACAGCGAGUCAUCCUUUCUUCGUGCUUGCUAGCGAUGGGGUGUUCGAGUUUCUUUCCAGCCAAAGCGUGGUUGACAUGGUUGCAAAAUUUAAAGAUCCCCGUGAUGCUUGUGCCGCAAUUGUUGCAGAAUCUUAUAGACUUUGGCUACAGUAUGAAACUCGUACAGAUGAUAUUACUGUGAUCGUUGUGCAUAUUAAUGGGCUAACUGAUAUUGCUGUUGGUCAGUCAGCAACUCCUGGAGCUGUUUUACGACCCCCAGUUCCUCAUGUUAUAGAGGUGACAGGUUCUGAGUCUCCUUCUACCUUUAGCUGGAACACUAGGAACCAUCGUGUUAGGCACGAUUUAUCACGGGCACGUGUCCGUGCCAUCGAAAGUUCCCUAGAGAAUGGGCAAUUUUGGAUUCCUCCAUCUCCAGCCCACAGGAAGACUUGGGAAGAAGAAGCACACAUUGAACGAGCACUGCAUGACCAUUUCCUCUUCAGAAAACUUACUGAUACCCAGUGUCAUGUUUUGUUGGAUUGCAUGCAAAGAGUUGAGGUGCAGCCAGGGGAUGUUGUAGUUAAACAGGGUGGUGAAGGUGACUGCUUUUAUGUUGUUGGCAGUGGGGAAUUUGAGGUCUUGGCAACCCAGGAAGAACAAAAUGGUGAGGUCCCUAGGGUUCUGCAGCGAUACACAGCUGAGAAAUUAUCAUCCUUUGGGGAGCUGGCUUUAAUGUAUAACAAACCACUCCAGGCCUCUGUUCGUGCUGUGACAAGUGGAACUCUUUGGGCUUUAAAGAGAGAAGAUUUUCGAGGAAUUUUGAUGUCAGAGUUCUCUAAUUUGUCAUCCUUGAAGUUGCUUCGAUCAGUAGAUCUUCUUUCAAGGUUGACAAUCUUACAGCUGAGUCAGAUUGCAGAUUCCCUUUCUGAAGUUUCCUUCUCAGAUGGGCAGACAAUAGUUGAUAAAAAUGAAGGCAUCUUUGCAUUGUACAUUAUCCAGAAGGGACGAGUGAGAAUUACUUUUGACACAGAUUUAUUGAGAAAUCCAAACAUCUCCAGCCUCAUGUCUGACAAUCAAAAAGAGAGUAGUAAUUUCCAGAGCAGCCUGGAUCUCUCAGUGGAGAAAACAGAGGGAAGCUAUUUUGGCGAAUGGGCACUUAUUGGUGAAGAUAUAGGUUCCUUGAGAGCAGUUGCUAUGGGCAAUGUUGUAUGCGCUGUUUUAAUGAAGGCAAAAUUUGAUUCAGUUGUUGGCCCUUUGACAAAGCUUUCUCAGGAUGAUCACAAGUCGAGGCAUAAUUCCUUUGAUUUUCUAAAGGAAUCUGCGAAAAGUAUUGAUGUUACAGCUUUUGCUAAAGUUCAGCUCUCUGACUUGGAAUGGAAAAUGUGCUUAUAUUCCACUGAUUGCAGUGAGAUUGGGCUUGUACUUCUAAAAGAGUCAGAAAAUCUGCUUAGUUUGAAAAGAUUUUCAAAGCAGAAGGUCAAAGGUAUCGGAAAGGAAGCACAAGUCUUAAAAGAGAAGAAUCUGAUGAAGAGUUUGAGUCCUUCAGCAUGUGUUCCACAGGUUCUGUGCACUUGUGCAGAUCAAAUGCAUGCUGGCAUACUGCUAAAUACAUGCCUUGCUUGCCCUUUGGUUUCCAUACUUCACACCCCACUCAAUGAACCAUCUGCACGGUUCUGUGCUGCCUUUGUCGUUACUGCCUUAGGAAAUCUACAUAAGAAUGGUGUUCUCUACAGAGGUGUGUCCCCUGAUGUUUUAAUGUUGGACCAGAGAGGAUAUUUACAGCUGGUGGACUUCAGAUUUGGGAAGAGGUCAGAUGGCGAGAGGACAUUUACAAUUUGUGGAAUGGCAGAUUCUUUAGCUCCAGAGAUAGUCCAGGGAAAAGGCCAUGGCUUCCCUGCUGACUGGUGGGCAUUAGGAGUCUUGGUAUAUUUCAUGCUACAUGGUGAAAUGCCAUUUGGUUCAUGGAGAGAAAGUGAGCUUGAUACAUAUGCCAAGAUUGCUAAAGGACAGCUAAAUCUUCCAGAGACUCUCAGCCCUGAAGCUGUUGAUCUUCUCACCAAGUUACUUGAAGUUGAUGAAAAUACAAGACUUGGAAGCCAAGGUUCAGAUUCUGUCAGACAUCAUCCAUGGUUUGAUGGUAUUGACUGGAAAGGGAUUACGGACCAUAGCUUUCCCGUUCCUCACGAGAUCACCUCCCGAAUAUCACAGCAUUUGGAAACUCACUCUGAGGACUGCACUCCUCUAGUUUCCUUGUCUCAGGAUGCAGAACUCAACACUCCUGAAUGGCUUGAUGACUGGUAGAAGAAUGAUCAUUUUGGGGGUUUCCACUACUUUGAACUUUUGGCCGGUGGAGUUCUUCUCCCUCUGAUGAGAUUGACUGGUUGCUUGUUUGAACAUUUAGAACCCUGACAUGCAGAGUCAAUGGAGAAAAUGAGGAUCAAGUUUCAGGCGCAAACCUGGUCAUAAUCCCAUAUAUAUUUUCAUUUUUCCUAAUAUGAUUACAUGAUAGAAAUGGAAGAAUAUUUUCUUUAGGGUGCUUUCUCUGCCACCUGAUUGUCCAUUUAACUAGUUAGAUGGAGAGGCCAUUUUUUUUUUCUGUGAAAUUUGCCUAAUGUAAAUGCUUGUAUAUGUAAAUGAAUUAGGUUUCUCGUCGUUUCAUAAUGAAAUUCUAGCUGUCCACAAAACUUCUGCAAUGGUUUUGAUUGGCCAAAUGGAUUUGUACUUUGCUUUCUUA